AUGCAGCAGAAUAACACUGUAAAGGAGUUCAUCCUUUUGGGAUUGACACAGGAUCCAACGAAACAAAAACUGGUGUUUGUAAUCUUCUUCUUUUUCUAUGCGGGAACGGUAAUAGGAAAUUUGCUCAUUAUUGUGACCAUCAAGUACAGCAGAACACUUGGGAGUCCCAUGUACUUCUUCUUGUUUUAUUUGUCCUUUGCUGAUCUUUGCUUUUCUACUUCCAUAGCCCCAAGGUUGUUUGUGGAUUCUCUCUCUUCAGAAAAAGUCAUAUCUUACAAUGAAUGCCUGACACAGAUCUUCGCACUGCACUUAUUUGGAGCCAUGGAGGUCUUUGACCUUGUCCUCAUGGCAAUUGAUCGCUAUGUAGCCAUCUGCAAGCCCUUGCAUUACCCGACCAUCAUGAGCAGGCGGGUCUGCAUCGUUCUGAUUGUCAUUGCCUCAAUAGGGUCUUUCUUACAUUCUAUUACUCAGAUUAUAUUGGCCUUGAGGCUGCCUUUCUGUGGUCCCAAUUUAAUUGAUCACUAUUGCUGUGAUUUGCAGCCCCUACUGAAGCUAGCGUGCAUGGACACUUAUGUCAUCAACCUGCUUUUUGUGACUAACAGUGGGGCCAUUUGUUCCUGCAGUCUCAUGAUUCUGAUGACCUCAUACAUUGUGAUCUUGUAUUCACUGCGAAACCACAGUGUGGAGGGAAGGAGAAAAGCUCUCUCUACCUGCACAACACACAUCAUUGUGGUACUCUUAUCACUUGUUCCCUGUAUAUUCAUGUAUGCACGACCCCCAGUUACCUUCCCGAUUGACAAGACAGUGGAAGUAUUUUACACUAUUGGCACACCCUUUCUCAACCCACUUAUCUACACUCUGAGGAAUGCAGAGGUGAAACAGGCCAUGAGAAAAAUGUGGCAUAUUAAAAAUAUUUCAGAAAGCAAAAGAUUAAUUUGA